AUGCGCCGGCGAAGCCUCUGUGCCUGGCUGCUCGGCGCCGCGCGCCCAGCGAGACCUCUGGCACCGUCGCGGCGGCCGCCGGCGGCCGCCGCCUGGGCGCCAGACCCCGGCGACCUGAUCCUCGAGGCGGAGGACGCGGCGGUCUGGGCCGAGGAGCGGCGCGAGUACGCGGCGUGCUUCGCCGCGGACGCGCCCGAGGCGGCGCCCGCGGGGCUGCGCGGCGUCUACCGGCGGAGCUUCACGGCCCAGGCGACGGCCGCAGACGGCGCGACCAGCGUGCGCUACCUGCACGCGUUCGACGCGGCGUACCCGCCGCUCUCGGCGCUCGACGCGCAGGGGCGUCGGAACGCGACCGACGACGCCACGCUGCGGCCGAUCCGCGACCUGCUCGACGCGACGUGCUUCCUGCACGAGCGCGGCCUGCCGCACCUCGGCCUCAACGGCGAGUGCGUCCGCGUCGGCUCCGACGGCGGCGGCGGCGGCGCGCCGCGGCUCAAGGUCGUCGGCGCGGGCGCAGGCCCGAAGCUCGUCGCGACGCGGCGGCCGUUCAGCCUGCCCGAGACGUGGGCGUUCAACGCCCCCGAGACGCUCGGCGCCGCGCUCGUCCAGAGCAACCUGAAGGCGCUCCUCCGCAUGGACGCGUGGUCCGUCGGCGUCUGCUGCGCGAUGCUCCUGCGGCGCGAGCGCGCGUCGCCGUUCGCCGCCGCGGCGAACUGGCGCGCGGGCCUCUUCUCCGACCGCGACGCCGUCCGCGCGCGGGUCGACGACGUCUUCGCCGACUUUAGCUCGUUCUUGACGGAGACGAACGCGAGGAGCGACGGGCUGCUGUUCCGCCACGGCUGGCUCGUCGAGGUGCUCGUGGGGCUCCUGCGGCGCGACCCCGGCGACCGCCUCGACGUGCGCCGCGCCGCGCGCGUCGCGCGGCGCGCGGCGCCGCCCGCGGCGGCGACGAGGCCGGCGCCGGCGCCGGCACUCCCGCCGCCGAACGAGCUCGGCCGCUUCGGCGCGGCGGCCGCGGCGCCCGCCGGCGACGCGCGCGCGGCGGGCGAGCCGUUCCGGUCGCUCGAGGCCAUGGUCAACAUCGCGGAGAACGGCCGCUGCCGCUGCGUCGUCGAGGCGCGCGGCGAGGGCGGCGCGUGGGGCUCCGGCGUGCCCUACGGCGAGGUCCUCGGCUUCCGCAACCGCGCCGACGGCGACCGCUGGGACGUCUUCCUGCCCGGCCUCGCGCGCGCGGACGCGGACGCGGCGCUCGACGCCGGCGCGGAGCCGCGGCCGCUCGCCGUCGCGCGCGUCCUCGGCGUUGUCCUCAUCAAGGGCGGCAACCACAAGCUCGCCGUCGAGGUCGACGCCUUCGCCGUCGACGAGGCCCGCGUCCUCGCCGACGUCCGGCGGUUCGUCGACGCGUACGUCGCGACGCACCCGACGUCGGCGAACCGCGUGCGGUUCCUCGAGUACGACUCGCUCUAG